AUGGCUCCCGGGAGAGCUCCUUCAGAGUUCAUUGAAAGAGAACGAAAAAAGUUACUUGAACUUCUCCAGCUUGAUCCUGAUUCUGUUAUAGAUACCUUAGUUUCUCGCAGGCUGAUUUCUGAGGAUGAGUAUGAAAUUUUGGAGAAGAUUUCAGAUCCUGUGAAGAAAACUCGCAGGCUGCUGAUUAUAAUACAGAGAAAGGGAGAGUUGAGCUGUCAGCAUUUUCUCCGGUGUUUAUUUAGUACUUUUCCAGAGUUUGCUACCACUUGGAACUUAAAGUACGAAUUUUUAAAAUAUGAAAACUCAGAGUCUAAUCAAUGUCUGAAGGUCCCAAUUAAAAAAAAUCCUGAGAAUCCUGAAAUCACAGUGCCCUUCAGUGAAAAAGAAUAUGUGGAUUUGGAAACAUCUGAGUAUUUCAUGGACAAUAAAACUAGCAAUAUGGAAACCGCGUGGUUGUCGAAGGAAUACAACUCAGCAAAAAUCACAUUGCCACAUUCAGUUGAGAAUAUUAAAUACAAAGUUCCAGCCUUUAUUGAGUAUUUACAGGAUGGACAGAGGUAUGAGGAGCCAGAUGAUUCCUUAUAUUUAGGGAAAGAGGAAUAUUUAAAAUCCCUUGGGUACUCUGAGGACUUAGAAACUACUGUGGAAGAAGAGAAUUAUAACAACUCCGAGAGUAUCAUUUCUGAAGAGCAGGACGACUCUGCAUAUUCCGAAACCUCAGGGUCUUCUGAUGAAGGGCAGAAUGAGAAGUCAGAAAACAAGUCAUUGGAGGAGGAGGAGAAAAGUACAGAAGAGAGAAAGAAAGUAUUUCAAGAUAUCCUGUCAUGUUUGAACAUGGACCGAAACCGAAAGCUUCUUCCAGAUAUAGUUAAACAAUUCUCCCUAGAGCGAGGAGGUAGGUGGGCACCCAACACUCCCGGGGACUUAGUUUGGAAUUUCCUGAUAAAAGUUCAAGAACUGGAUGUGACAGCCAGAGACCCAAUUUUCAGACAGAAGAUUCUGGAUAAGGACAGAGAGGGGGACAUGCUGAAUGAAGUAGAGAAUUUGGAUAUUCAAGAUCUACAAACCAUUGACCCCCUUGAUGUCCUUUGUGUGUCUCUGCUGUGUUCAGACAGCUCUUUGCAACAUGAAGUCUUGUCAAACAUGUAUCAGUGCAAGUUUGCUCUUCCCCUGCUACUGCCUGAUGCAGAAAAUAACAAAAGCAUCUUUAUGUUGGGGGCCCUGGGAGACAUUAUGAGGGAGAAGUCAACACAGUCUUCAGAAGACUCUAUCAGGGAUUCAGAAAAGUUCCUCCUGCUCACAAAGAUGCCUGUCAUCUCUUUUGUGCGCUUAGGAUACUGUAGCAUCUCCAAGUCCACAAUCCUCAACACAUUACUCAGCCCCACAGAACUGAAGCCACCUAAAUUCUUUCUCCAUAGGGAUUUGCCUUCUCUGAUGCUUCCCCGGAGAAUCUCUGAUGGACUAGUUGAGGUAGUGUGGUGUAUUCCUGGUAGGGAUCCUCUAAAGAAAAACCCUGGUUUUCUCCGAAAUCCUGUUGCUAUAGCCAACCUUCGUGGAGAUCUGGAAAGCUUGGGGACACAGUUUGGUUUCUUGAUGGAAGUUUCCUCAGCUAUGUUUAUUUUCACUGACUGUUUAGGUGAGAAGGAAUGGAACUUGCUAAUGUUUUUAGAAAAUAGCAUUGAAAGAUGCUACUUUGUCCUGGGUCCCCAAGCCAGGGGGAGUGAAGAGGGGCAGAUUGCCCAGAGGAUCCUGAAGUUGAAGUCAUCACAACUACUAUUUUGGGAGGAAGAAACUGAAGAGGCAGGGAAGAACGUUGAGGGUCUUCAAGCUGCCCUCCAGGAAGUGAUGUCCUCUUCACUCAGAUGUGUAUCCCUGCAAGACAUGGCUUUGUUGGCCAGGGAAUUGGGGAUCCAGGUAGACCAAGAUUUUGACAAUGUUCCAGGGAUUCAAGUUCUCCCUACUGAAAACUUGACUGAAACAAUUCAAACUGAAGGACAACCAAGACUCAGUUCAUUGAAAACAUCAUCUGAAAAACCUGUAAAAGAGCCAGGGGUUAGACAUGAAGUCAGCCCAAAUCUUCACAAUUUCCACUCAGUAGACAUAGCUCAUGUUGAUAACGUCUCUCCUUUACCAACUGUAGCUGGAAGGAACUUGAACAAGUUUUCUUGGAAAGCCUCCUGGGUCACAGAAUCCCACUUUUGGUCAGGACAGAGGUCUAAGUGGUACUGUCCUUCACCAUUUCAGCAUAAAAGGGACCAUAGUCAAGGUGAAAGUUUUGGGACAAAAUACUCCCAACCACAGAGAUUUAAUUCACAUGAAAGAUUCUUAAAGUUUGUGAGAACUGUUUGGGGACAUCACACGAAUGGAAUACAUGGGAAGUCUCCAAGACCCAUUUCUCAGCAUGCCCAGGCCCAGCCUGAGGGACCUCUGUCAAGGGAACCUCUUUGGAGACCUGGGUCAGGAGUCUCCCAGAUAGGACAGUUCCACCUUCUGGGUACCCAGCCAAUAGGAGCGGUUGGGAAGCCACAGCCGAAGCAAGCCUGCACUCAGGGAACACAGCUAAUUAAGAGAACUGGAAAACUCUUCACAGCAUCAUCCUUUCAUACAUAUCCUCGCCUUCAAGCUGAAGCCAUGCACAAUCCAAUAAUACCUGCCUCUUGGCAAGAAGACAGGCCAAACACACAGAGUGGCUCUUCAGAUAUAGCUGCCCAAAUGGGAUCCCAUUAUAUAUCCAGAGGCAAUUUUGUAUCCAGUUCUCAGUUCAAAUCUGAUCACAACAAGCCCUCUCAGGUCAAGCACCCCCAGUCUAAUGCCUCCCAACUUUCUCCUCACCCUAAACCCUUUCAAGCAAAAUUAACUCAGCCCCAGUCCUCCCAAACUAAAUGUUCUCCACCCAGAUCUUUCCAACCAAAACCCUCUCAGCCCCAGUCCUUCCAACCAAAACCGUCUCAGCCCCAGUCCUUCCAAUCAAAACCCUCUCAAUCCCAGUCCUUCCAACCAAAACCCUGUCAGCCCCAGACCUUCCAACCAAAACCAUCUCAGCCCCAGACCUUCCAACCAAAACCUCAGCCCCAGUUCUCUCAUUCUAAGCCUUCUCAGCUCCAGUUCUUCACAUUUAAAACAUCCCAGCCCCACCCUUCCCAAUUCAAACCUCAAACCCAGUACUUCCAAUCAAAGUCUUCUCAGCCCGAGUCCUCCCAAUCUAAGAUAUCUCAGCUCCACCCCUCCCAAUAUAAGCCUUCUCAGGUUUGCUCCUCCCAAUAUAAACCUCAGCACCAGUCUUCCCAAUAUAAGUCUUCUCAGUUCCACUCCUCCCAGUCUAAGCCUUCACACUCCCACUUCUCCCAGUGUAAGCCUUCUCAGCACAAAUCCGCUCAACCCAAGUCAGUGUGGAGCAGUCUUUCACAGGCUAAGGGACACUACACAAGAGCUGGGCCCAAGAGAAUAGGGAAGCAUUAAAGUGCUUGCUUGCCCAUUUUUCUUGCCUCGGCCAUGCUUUUCAUAUAGAAGACUGAAGAGGAGUUGCAAUUCUGGAGGAGACCAUAGGCAAAAAGAUAGGUAAAAGCUAAUUGGAUAUGAUUAAAAUUAUGGAAGAAUUAUGUCCCUAACCAAGAGAGAAAAGAGCAAAGGACUGAAAAUAGAAUAAGGUCGCAAAUAAGCUAACUGAAUCCAGUCAUGAGUAUUAUGUAAUAUGUAACA